AUGUCAGCCAUAGGUUCGGGUGGUUUUGGGACUGUAUUUAAAGUGAAGCAUAGAUUGGAUGAUAAGAUAUAUGCCGUUAAAAGACUUCAAUUUGUGGAUAUUAGUGAAGAAACAAAACAAAUAGUUCUCAAAGAAGUCAAUAGUUUAUCAAAACUGGACUCAGAUUUUGUGGUCAAAUAUGAAGAUUCAUGGCUUGAGUCCAAUCAUCUCUACAUUCAAAUGCAAUUCUAUUCGCAAAGUCUUAGAUCUGUUCUCAAAGACAAACCCAUUGUCUUCGGGAGACAACCGGAAGAAGAGUUGAAUGUUUUUGAAUACUUUAUUUCGUGUGAAAUAUUCAAAGAACUUCUGGAAUGCGUUGAAUAUCUUCACUCAUCGAAUCCACCGGUCAUUCUUCGGAAUCUCAAACCGGAAAACAUAUUAAUUGAUAACAAUUUUAUGUCGAAUCGGUUUAUAAAAGUGUGUGACUUUGGUUUAGCUACUGAUCACAACAACGACAGACAGACUGUCAGUCCAUUUGUGCACUCAGUUUGUGGUACUUUUGGAUAUAUAGCGCCCGAAGUUCUUAUGGGUAAACAAUAUGACCACAAAUCAGACAUUUAUAGCCUCUCUAUAAUCGGCGAAGAGUUGUUUGGCAUUGAUCUCCAGGAUAGACAUGAAGUGAUGACUGGGAAUGAGUAUCGCAUCGAUUGCAUCACUGAUACGGAUGUCGAGCGUGAGGUCCGGUCGGCGCCCCCGCCGUCACCCGUGCUCUUGGGCUAUGAUCUGAUGGUCAGUAUUCAUAGCAAUUCUGGUGGAGAUUCUCAAUAG